AGGGAGCUGCAGCAGAGAGAGGCUGCGUCAGUGUGUCGGUCGUUGGUGUGUGACGUGUUACGAGGCGUCCUCACCCCAGAGAGACCCAGCUCCCCUGCGGAGCUCUACACCACCGAGGAAGAACACUUCCACAACAGGAACCCAAAGCUGCAGUACCGUUAUGAGACAGUGGAGGCGCUGAAGAGCCUGUGGCAGCAGGUGACCGCAGAAACAGGAGAAGACAGAGAAACAGCCUGGGACCUCUCUGUGUCUACACUACGACAGGCGGUGCUGGCUCUGCCCCAGGGGGACGGGGAGCAGGAUGGACCCCAGGAGAGGCUCACCAGAGAGGGGGCUCUGAGCCUCUAUAACACCCUCCUCCUGGAGCUCACCCAGCCACUCAUACAACACACGCCACUACCACUCAACGCUAUAGGGUUGCAGCUGUGGAGGGAGCUGUUAGACAGCCUGGUCAGUGCAGCUCUGUGGCUCAGACAUCUACUGGGUCUCCCUGAGACAGACACAUGGGGGGAACACACACAGGACCACCACCACAGCUCCCAUUCCUCUCCAGGGGGGAAAAUGAAGAAAGAGGAGAAGUUUGAGAAGAAGGCAGGAGCACCCCUGAAGGAGGAGAAGAAAGGAGGGGGCAUCAAAGAGAAGGAGGAGAAGAAGGGAGCAGCCAAGCCUGCUGUGAAGGAGAAACCAGUGGAGGAGCGUCCGGGCAGUAAGAAGAAGGGUCGUGAGGAGGUGGUGGUAGGGGGGAAGCGUCCUGGAGGUAAACCUGGUAAAGAACCAGGCAGAGAGCCCUCCUCCACCACAACCAGCCCUGAGAGUGACUACCAGGACCACCACACUGACUCUACUGUAGAGCCUGCACUACAGGACAAAUACAGGAGACAGCUGCACCAACAGGUGUAUAUUCUAAUGGAAGGCUUAGUGGACUCUCUGUGUGUGCUGUUGGAUGAGUCUGCAGAGGGACAGGCCUGAGCUGACACACACACACACACACACACACACACACACACACACACACACACACACACACACACACACACACACACACACACACACACACACACACACACACACACACACACACACACACACACACACACACACACACACAGCUCUCUGAUCACACUAUAAUAAAUUCCACUCUUCCCCAACACACACAUUUGUACCGAGAAUCCAUCACAGGUGCAGAGGUUUAUUUCCUCACUAUGACAUCAAUAAACUUGCUUUGUGAACUUA